AUCAUCAUCACAAGAAAGAUACAAAUGUUCUCCCUUAAAGCUGUCUCUACCUCCUUGCUCUGCGCCGCUGUGGCUUUCGCUCAGGGCAUCUCUUACAACCUUCCAACUCCGGGUACAACUGUGGCAGCUGGUUCCAGCUUCACUGUCCGUCUCGUUCAGCCGGACCAACUCUCGACGCUGGUUCCCAUAUCCGUAGCCAUCGGCAUACAGUCCUGUCCGAACGGCACGGGUGGGAGCUGCGUGCCGACGGAUGAAGGGCUCGGCCGCCUCCUCUACGAUGGGCCGUUCAACCCGCAGUUCGGGUCUGAAUAUUACUCGCCGUACGAGGACUUCAACGUGACCGUUCCGGCUGACCUUGCCUCGGGCGAGGCGAUUCUCGGGACAGGGUAUUUCUAUCUCCUCGGGGCGUUGUAUAUGCCUGAGUUGCAGGUUAUCAAUGAGACAAUUACCAUCUCUUAGAUGGGUACUAGGAUCCCGGUGGACGUUCGCUAUGGACUAGCUUUGUAUGACGUUUAAUAAUCUACUUGUAAAUCUCUAUACAUACCAUCAGAGGUAAUUUACCAUUCCGCUCUUCCGUAGGUUUUAU